CUCCCUGCGCGCACACCAAACAACCUGAGAACAGCAGCCCGUCUUUGGCGGACCUUCUUGGCCGAGCUCGUAAGAAGGACAACCGGAGACAAUUCGGCUGGAAAACUCCGGAAAAGAAGAUUGAUGAAAGUUGAAGACGGAUACACAACAAUGUUUACUGAAGGAAAUGUUGUUGCUCUGAAGCUUUGAGACUUUUUGAUUGAGGCUGGAGGGCCAGCAGAGCCCCAGAGAUGAUCGCUGACCUAGGAUGAGAUCCGUCUUCCACCGCCCUGUCUCCCCUCGACCUGCAGGAGGAGCACGUUGGGCCGCAGCGUGAGAUUGCGUGGUGUGGCUAACGCCAUCGGAGUGCCAUGGCUCUCAUUCAGGCUCUUCCUGUCACUGACCACCCUAAUCCCGGUCUCGACGCCGAGCAGUGCCAGCCGCCAUUAUCUCACUCCCCCCCAGCGUCUUGCAGCACCACCACAACAAUGGGUUCCGUAAGCAGUCUCAUAUCGGGCCGCACGUACCAAGAGAGACACUGCCGAGCGGCCAGCGAAUUCACGGCGAAGGUUCGGCGCUCCACACCGGCUACCAGCUGCUUCCGGUUGCAGGAUAAUACUCUACGCAGCGGCAGCUCCUUGGAGCAACUUCUGGUCAUCGGCAACCAGGCACAGAUUCUACCUCCGCCACUGCCCACCAAGAAGCAGCCUCGGCCGGGAAACUCUACGGCGGCUGCUGGCAGCUUAACAACUUCUGGGGCUACAAGUGGAGGAGGGAAUAAGAACCCAGGGUGUUCGAGCAGCGAGGCGCUGGUUGGAGACUGGAACGACAACCUGGUCGUGGCUGCUGUAAGCCCCUGCAGCGACUCAGAGGACCAAAGGGACAACAGGACUUUGAAUGGGAACAUUGGAGGACCUCCGCCAAAACUUAUUCCAGUUUCUGGACAGUUAGAGAAGAACAUGGAGAAAGUGCUGAUUCGUCCAACAGCGUUCAAACCCGUCGUUCCCAAAAACCGGCACUCGGUGCAUUACCUGUCUCCACGGCCAGGGGGUAGCAGCCUGUCCGAAAGCCAGGGCAGCCUCAACCUCCUCCUGCCUCUCUCGGCGUCAUCCGGUGUCGCCAACAUGGCCGGCGGCAGCAGCUCUGGUUCUGAAGAGAAGCGUGACUCCUACUGCGGGGGCCGCAACGCUCGGAGCAGCCAGUCCUGCUCCAUGUCGGACUCUGGGAGGAACUCUCUCUCCAGCCUCCCCACUCACAGCAGCACAGGCUACAGUCUGGCCCCCAGCGAAGGCUCCAGUUCUGGGUCAGGCUCCGGGGGUCAGCUGGAGCCAGGCCAGGUCCUGGUCAGAAACAUUUCAGGUGGAACGACGGGCCACGGUCACUCGGACAGCGGACGCUCUUCGUCCAGUAAGAGCACCGGUUCCGGGUCGCUCAGUGGGCGUGGGCAGCCCCUGUCGGACAGCGGCUCAUGCGGUCACUCAUCGCCUCCUGUGGAGGGCUACGAGGUGGUGGUGAGGGACCUGGAAGAGAAGCUGCGGGAGCGCGACAUGGAGCUUCAACAUCUGAGGGAAAAUCUGGAUGAGAAUGAAGCUGCCAUCUGCCAGGUCUACGAGGAGAAGCAGCGUCGCUGCGAGAGAGAGAUGGAGGAGCUGAGACAGAACUGUGCCACCAAGAUGAAGCAGGCCUCUCAGAAGGCCCAGAGGGCUCAGCAGGUCCUCCAGUUACAGGUCUUUCAACUACAGCAAGAGAAAAAGAAGCUCCAGGAGGACUUCUCCUCUCUGCUGCACGACAGGGAAACCCUGGAGAGGAGGUGUGCCAGCAUCCAGCGGGAGCAGACCCAGCUGGGUCCACGGCUGGAGGAGACCAAGUGGGAGGUAUGUCAGAAAUCGGGAGAGAUCUCCCUCCUCAAGCAGCAGCUGAAGGAGAUCCAGUCAGAACUCAGCCAGAAGGCCGGCGACAUCGUGGUGUUGAGGGCUCAGCUGAGAGAAGCUCGAUCGGAGCUGCAGGCCAGCCAGGCUCGUUCUCAGGAGGCCCAGGCGGCCCUGCGGACACGAUCUCUAGAGUUGGAGGUCUGCGAGAACGAACUCCAGAGGAGAAAGAGUGAGGCAGAGCUGCUUCGGGAGAAAGUGUCGCGCCUGGAAGAGGAGCUGGUGCGCCUUCGGGACCCUCUGGCAAGUCAUGGCGGGGGCAUGAAGGGUCAGUGUGUGAACCUGGCCUUCCAGCCGGGCAGAGGACUGCCAGGGCGGGGCGGACCAAGCCCUUCUGUGUACCGUGACGUGGAGGACGCUCAUCUGCUUUGGGGAGGAGAGAGCGAUGAAGCCAAAGCGCAGAGGCAGAAUGCAGAAACCAUGCUGGGACUCAGACAACAGGUGGACAGGAUGAAGGCUGAGCUCAUUUAUGAGAGGAGGACAAGCGAGGAGCAGAUGUCUCGAUUUGAAGAUGAAAGGAGGGUGUGGCAGGAGGAGAAAGAAAAGGUGAUCCGCUACCAGAAGCAGCUGCAGCAGAACUACAUCCAGAUGUACCGUCGGAACCGUGACCUGGAGCGAGUGAUGCGGGAGCUCAGCCUGGAGCUGGAGAACAGGGACAUGAUGGACGACUACGAAGUCCACAGCGGCAGCAACGACAUCCACUUUGAGGAGAUAACCGCCACUGAGAUCUAAAAAGUCAAACACUUAAGAGGCAUUCACUGAACACCGGACCAAAAAAACAACAACAACAAGAAACCUGGCUGUCUUUUACCUCUUGAGCAGCUGACAAAGGUCCAUUGUUACUCCUUCUGCACCUCACGGUGUCUCACCUGCACCUUGUCCAGUCAGCACAAACCCCCCCUCUCUCUUCCAUGGGCGCUAAAGCAGUGAAUCAGGGUAUGGAGGAAGGUGCUAAUGCAAAAAAAACCCAAAUAUUGCUACAUGCACAUCACGUCAAAGAACGGUCACCAGCAUGCAUGUUCAAUAACCAUGUCAUCGCUAGCAUCAUUUCAUUGUCACUCAUCCCCAAAGUAACGCUGUGUUCUGUAAAUAAUAUGGUAGCACCGCUCUUUUCCUUAAGGGGGAGCCACAGUGCAAAUUUACAUCACUUCUUCACUGCAAUGUCUUUUGAAAUAGUACCUGAACGCACCAACGGAAGAGAACCAGGAUCUACUAAAGGAAAGUGAGGGCGGAGAAAGUGGAGAUUAUGGAGUCUAAUACUGCAGCGUCCACAGCUAAGGUACGGGAACAGGGGAAUCGAACGUUUAUUUUUUUGUCAUUUCAAGCUGUGAGUUCUUUUGCUCAUUCAGAGAGCAACCAAGUCCUAGAAAUUAGCGGUUCAUGAUAAUUAUCAGGUUGAUAUUAGGGAAUUAACGUCAUAAAUUGAUAACAUCCAAUCAUUUAUAAAGGCCAGAUUAUCUGUGCUGUGCAGGGGAGCAAAUCAAGCGUACUAUCUAGCGUGCUAGUUGUACCAAAUGCUCUGCAGGAGGACGGGGGGGGGAAUCGAACCUACAAAAAAAACUCAUCAGCCACGUGAAACAGUCAUGCGUUUGUAAAGUGCAAACGCUGAACCAGAGACUUCCAUGGUGUCACACCAGCUGCUCAGAGCGUGUGCCCGAAUAUAGUGCACUUCUCUGGGCCACAUCAGGCGGCUCCUCCCCUUCUAUACUCUGGUUCUCCUGGUAGUAGUCAUGUAUUGGUACUAAUGUCAGAAAUCAACACAUCCUCAUUUGUAUAAGUCAAUCUUACUUACAAAUCAGAAUUUGAACCAAAUUAUUGAUAUGAUAUCGGUCCUGGGGGAUGCAGAAAGUCAGUGAUAUCAGUUAGAAAAAAUAUAUAAUACAUCUCUAGUGAAAGUCAUUUUUGUCAUCUUAUGCCUUGUUCGGAAUAUGUUGGUGCAUCAUGAUUGGAUGCUGCCCCAGCUCCUGUUCGGGAGCCAAUAGUGUGAUGCUAGUUUUGCUGCCAAAGACGCUAAAAAAGUCCCCAAUCUUCCACCUGGUGCACAAAUUUGGAAAGGAAUGUAGUCAAAUACUUUUUUGCCUAGCAAGAAAGUGUGGUAUUACUGUGUAUUACCUCAUUAACCCAAAUAAAGGACGAUCAAAAUUUUAAAAAAAAUAUAUAUACCGUAUUUUCCGGACUAUAAGUCGCACUUUUUUUCGUAGGUUGGCUGUUCCUGCGACUUAUACAUGAAAAAAACUGUUUAUGUUACAUAAACACUGGAUAUUUUUUCUGUUUGUUUAUUUUUCAUGUAGCUGAAUAAGCAUUGUGUUAGCAUAUCUUACACCUAUUCAGCCUGUUCUCUAUUCUUUUAUUAUUGUUAGAACUUGCCUUCCAAGAUGACGUAAUGUCUGUUUUGGUUUGGUAGUUUGGAAAAUAAAUUACCCGCAAAAAAUGCGACUUAUACUCCAGAGCGACUUAUGUAUGGUUUUUGUACCUAAUUAUGCAUUUUUGGUCUUGUGCGACUUAUACUCCGGAGCAACUUAUAGUCCAGAAAAUACGGUAUAUACGCAUAUAUAUAUAUAUUUUUAAGACAAAAUAAAUCAUUUUUUCCGUAUAUCUUAACUGCUGGGUUCAGUUCACAUCAGUUUUUGUGCCAAUAAUGCUAUCAGCUAGCUAGCUUCGUCUGGAGUUAUGUACGUUACACUUUGUUUUAAUCCGGUUUGUCCCGUAGAGAGGACUUGAAUCUCGCAUUCAGGAGCAGUGUGGUUUUCGGCCCGAUCGUGGAACUGUAGACCCACUCGGCAGGGUACUUGAGGGUGCGUUAGGGUUUGCCAACCGUUUUUUUUUGGACUUGGACUUAGCAUUCUAUUGCUUUUUCCUGGAGGAUUCCUAUGGGGAAUUCCUAAUCGGGAAGUUCAGGCUGUUCGCUCCCUGUGAUUGGCUGGCGAACAGUCCAGGGUGUACCGAAGACAGCUGGGAUAGGCUCCAGCACCCCCGCCACCCUCUUGAGGAUAAGCGGUAGAAAAAAAUAAUGAAUGAAUGAAUGUUUUGACCCUAGCCCUUUCCGGUUGGCUCCUCCCCUUUGAGGAAGUAACGCUACAUCGCCAGCAUAGCCAACUUCCUGUUACGUCGCCCCUGCUGUAGAAAGAUCAGAUGCCGAGCUUCAACGUGUUUAAAAGACGUUUAAAAGAAAAGUUGUUUUAGCGGAGCGCGGCAGUGGGAGAUGUCAGCCCGGAUGUUUCUUUUCCUCGUUCUUGUCCUGACUCUAAAGUCUAUUUUUGGAACAGAAGAAAAGCACCUCAGCGUCUCGCUGUCGGGAAAGUUAAAAAAAAAAAAAAAAGUCGGGUUUAUUGUCAGUUCUUCAGGCUGCAUUUGUUCCUCUUCAGUGUGCUUUAUUUAGCCAUAGUCUGAAUUGUCAUGAAAAGGGUCCUAGCUUACAUUUGCAACUUUUUACACUCAUGUUUCACAACUUCAAAUCCAAGUCCCACACGUCCACUUUUCCUUGGAAGAAUCUAGCCUGGGAGUAUUUGUUGACAUGAAACUUACUCGGAUCCAGUAUUGUUAGAAAGGGCAGGAUGGGACCCCUUAACCCAAAGUUCAGAUACAGUAUCAGUGACAAAUGCAUAAGGUGUAUACACACACAUAUAUAUAUAUAUAUAUAUAUAUAUAUAUAUAUAUAUAUAUAUAUAUAGACUGUUUAUUCAGUGUU